AUGGGGUUGCUAAUGGGUGAUGCACUGGCAUCCGUGGCUGUGGCCCUGGCCAUCUUCCUGCUCCUGGUGGACUUGAUGCACAGGCGCCAACAAUGGGCUGCACGCUACCCACCAGGCCCCAUGCCAGUGCCAGUGCUGGGCAACUUGCUCCAGAUAGACUUCCAAAACAUACCAUACUGUUUCAACCAGCUGCAUCGCCGCUUUGGAGACGUGUUCAGCCUGCAGUUGGGCUGGAUGCCAGUGGUCGUGUUGAACGGGGUGGUGGCAGUGCGCGAGGCUCUGGUGACCUGCGGCGAGGACACAGCUGACCGCUCGCCUGUGCACAUCUUUGAUAAACUGGGCUUCGGCCCGCGCUCCCAAGGAGUGAUCCUCGCGCGUUACGGACCCGCAUGGCGCGAGCAGCGACACUUCUCCGUGUCCACCCUGCGCAACUUCGGCCUGGGCAAGAAGUGGCUGGAGCAGUGGGUGACCGAGGAGGCCUCCUCCCUCUGUGUUGCCUUUGCCGAUCACACCGGACGUCCCUUUAGCCCGAAUGCCCUCCUGGACAGAGCGGUGAGCAACGUGAUCGCCUCCCUCACCUUCGGGCGCCGCUUCGACUACGAUGACCGGUUCAUGCUCAAGAUAUUGAACCUACUCGAGGCCCAACUUCAGGAGGACGGCAGCAGACUGGCAGCGGUGCUGAAUUCUAUCCCAGUGCUCCUGCGCAUCCCAGGGCUGGCUGACAAGGUCAUCUGUGCAAGAAGGAAAUUCCAGGCCCUUCUAGAUGAGCUGGUGACUGAGCAUAGGGUGACCCGGGACCCAGCCCAGCCACCCCGAGACCUGACUGAUGCCUUCCUGGCCGAGGUGGAGAAGGCCAAGGGGAACCCCGAGAGCAGCUUCAAUGAUGAGAACCUGCGUCUGGUGGUGUCUGACCUUUUCUCUGCCGGGAUGGUGACCACCUCGAUCACACUAGCCUGGGCCCUCUUUCUUAUGAUCCUGCACCCGGAUGUGCAGUGCCGUGUCCAACAGGAGAUUGACGAAGUGAUAGGGCAGGCGCGGCCACCAGAGAUGGCUGACCAGGCCCGCAUGCCCUUCACCACCGCCGUGAUUCAUGAGGUGCAGCGCUUUGCAGACAUCAUCCCUCUAGGUGUGCCCCACAUGACCUCCCGCGACAUUGAAGUACAGGGUUUCCUCAUUCCCAAGGGAACAACACUCUUCACUAACCUGUCAUCAGUACUGAAGGAUGAGACUGCUUGGGAAAAACCCUUCUGCUUCCACCCCGAACACUUCCUGGAUGCCCAGGGCCGCUUUGUGAAGCAAGAGGCCUUCAUGCCUUUCUCAGCAGGCCGGCGCGCAUGCCUCGGGGAGCCCUUGGUCCGCAUGGAGCUCUUCCUCUUCUUCACCUGCCUCCUGCAGUGCUUCAGCUUCUCGGUGCCUGCUGGACAGCCCCGGCCCAGUAACUAUGGAGUUUACCGCAUUAUGGUGACCCCGCCCCCCUUCCAGCUAUGUGCUGUGCCCCGCUAG